ACUCCUCACCUCCGCUCUCUCCGCCCUCUUCUCUUCCUCCUCCUAUAUGCGAAAACCUGAGCUGGAGGUAGGUUUAGGUGUCACAUCGCAUCGUUUUUUAUUUCUUCUCCGUAUUUUUCGUAGCAAAUCUCCGUGGUGGUGAUUUAAGCGCGGAGUGAUUUGAGUUGGUGGUGGUCAGGGAAUCGGAUCUUUGCAGAAGCCGCAGAGCAGGAGGAUAACAGGAUGUGGGGCUUCUGCAAUCCGUGAUUGUGGUUUGGUGAUAUUGGAUGGGAAGACAAUUGAGUGGGAUAUCGGUUUCUCAUCGUUAGUUUUCCGAGACAGAUUGGAUUAAGGCGUCUAUUGAGUAGCGGGAGGAAAGAUUAAAGGCAAAAGAAGGGAUCUUGAUCGAACGGCUUGGAGAUUUAUAAUCAAAUGCCGCAAGACCAGCGAAAGAAGAAUUCACCUAAACUGGACUUUUUCAGUGAGUAUGGGAAUGUAAAUAGAUACAAAAUUCAGGAGGUUAUUGGAAAAGGAAGCUAUGGAGUAGUUUGUUCUGCGGUUGAUACACAAACUGGAGAGAAAGUUGCGAUCAAGAAGAUAAACAAUAUUUUUGAACAUAAGUCUGAUGCUGCUCGGAUUCUCCGUGAAAUCAAGCUUCUACGGCUUCUUAGGCAUCCUGAUAUUGUAGAGAUCAAGCACAUUUUGUUGCCUCCAUCGACUAGGAAUUUCAAAGAUAUUUAUGUUGUUUUUGAGCUCAUGGAAUCGGAUCUCCAUGAAGUCAUCAAAGUUAAUGAUGACUUAACAAGCGAACACUAUCGGUUUUUUCUCUAUCAGCUACUACGUGCACUAAAAUAUAUCCAUGCAGCAAAUGUCUAUCAUCGUGAUUUAAAGCCAAAAAAUAUAUUAGCAAAUGCAAACUGCAAGCUCAAAAUAUGUGAUUUUGGAUUAGCAAGAGUUGCAUUCAAUGAUGCACCAACAACAAUAUAUUGGACGGAUUAUGUUGCAACAAGGUGGUACAGAGCUCCUGAGUUAUGUGGAUCAUUCUUUGGUAAGUAUACUCCUGCUGUUGAUAUUUGGAGCAUUGGUUGCAUUUUUGCUGAGAUUUUAACUGGGAAACCUCUGUUCCCUGGUAAGAAUGUGGUUCAUCAGUUGGAAUUGAUGACUGAUCUUCUAGGAGCCCCUUCCAUAGAUACAAUUUCUAAGAUCUGCAAUGAGAAGGCAAAAAGGUAUUUGAGCAGCAUGAGCAAAAAGCAACCUUUAUCAUUUGCACAGAAGUUUCCAAAUGCAGAUCCAUUAGCUUUAGGACUCUUGAAAAAGCUUUUAGCUUUUGAUCCUAAGGACCGGCCAUCUGCUGAAGAGGCACUGACAGAUCCAUAUUUUAAAGGUCUUGCCAAAGUGGAGAGAGAGCCAUCUCGCAAGCCAAUCAGAAAAAUGGAGUUUGAGUUUGAGCAGCUAAGACUUACAAAAGAGGAGAUUCAGGAACUUAUCUUUCGUGAAAUAUUGGAAUAUCAUCCUAAAUUGCUGAGUGACCACCUUAACGGAAUGGAGAGAGCAAAGUUUCUUUAUCCUAGUGCUAUUGAUAAGUUCACAAAACAAUUUGCUCAUCUCGAGGAGAAUGGUAAUAGAACGGAUCUACAUAUGUUGGAUAGAAAGCAUGUUUCUUUACCUAGGUCUACAGUGGUCCACUGUAAUACUAUCCCUCCAAAGGAAGAAUCUAAUCGGGGUUCAUUAAGGAAAGCCUCAGAUCUGUCAAAUAAGCAUGCUCAUGUCCCUGAAAGGUUGACUGGAUAUAUGGAAAGGAAUUCACAGGCAUGUCAAAGAAUUCCAACCGAUAGGUUAGGUAAAGUUGUUGGUUCAGUAAUGCUGUAUGACAAGCAAAGUGUCAAAGUGGCCUAUGAUUCAAGGCAGUUGAUUCCAAAGUCUGUUCAUCCACCACAACCUGCUAUUCCCAUGAUUCCCAUGGCAUGCUGUUUCUGCGGAACAUUGGGCAAGUCAGAGAUCUCCAACAAAGACCCAACAGAGACCAAGCAGGGAUAUACUCAACAUAAUCCACUGCAACAAUCCAUGUCCAGCAAGAUCUUUCCAGACAAUGCUCUUGAUUUGAGAUCUACCCCUUCCUAUCUUCCGGGAGGAGCCAAGGCUGAUCCAUCCAAAUUAACCAUGAUGGACACAAGUCUGCUGCAACCAAAAUUACCCUUUAAUGGGAUUGCUGCCGCGACUGCAGCAGCAGCUACCGGAGCUCACAGAAAUGUUUGUAUGGUUCAGCGUAGCGUGUCAAGGAUGUCUUAAGUUUGUGCUGAUCAUUGUAUCAUCUUCAUGAGCUGUUCAUUGUUGAAGUGCAUUUAAUUUUGGUUGAUCAGCAUAUCAUCUGUGUGAGCAUUAUUCUUAUCCUGCCAAAUUUGUGCAAAUAAGGGAACUAAUUCGAAGGCAAAUCGAUACCCUUGCUCUUGUUUGCAUUAAGGUAAUUAGUGAUACCAUCACUAUAGCUUGGUUGCUUCUUUAACUAAAUAACCUUUUCUAUUAUUGACCAUGCAUGUUGAGACUUAUGAUGCUGAAAAGACUAAGUUUAGAUUGUCAA